AUGAAUAAGAAUAACGCAUUGGAAAAGCAUUUGUUGACAAGAUGCUAUUCUUCUGAAGCUAGAAUUGAAGAAUUAUUAUCUACAAGAUAUUCAAUAACUGGAGAUCAAAAGCCAUCGCUUUUGCUAGUACCCACAGGACAGGAUGCUGAAAGCAGUAAAACAAAGGCUCUAUUACACCAAGAGAAGACCAAGACUAUUGAUGAAUCUCAUAAGACCAAAAAAUAUAAUACUCGAAUGGAGUUAAAGAAUUAUAUUAAAAAUACUCUUAAUAAUCAACAUAAGGUUAUUAAAAAAAUUCAAGCAUACAAUAGAUUAACCAAGCAGAAUGCUAAUAAAAAGCCUUUUCCAAUAUUAAAGCUAUUAGAACACUACAGUAUCCCAAUGUAUGAAGAAUUUAUACCUAUUAGCAACUUAUGGCAAGACUACAUGCAAAAUUUGUUAUUUCCAUCGGCCAAUAACAAACUUCCAAGUUUAAUUUCUAUCUUGCCUAAACUAUCCAGUGCUGAUUUUCACGGCUGCUUACUAACCGUAUUAAAGUCUACCAACAGAUUACUAGUUGGUGUGAGAGGAAUAGUUGUAUGGGAUACCCAGCAUUCGUUUAUAUUAUGCGUACCUAGAACUAACGAUUCUAAAGAAUGGAAUGAAAGUAAACAAGUUUUCACUCCUUCAGAACAAGUAGGUGGAUUGAGGAUCAUUCCAAAAAAAGGAUGUUUGUUUGGGUUUGACGUUAUUUUGCCAAGUGGCGAAGGACAAGAAGAAGAGGAUGAAUGCAUAGGCUUUACUGUUAUAGGAUCUAGAUUCGAAUUUAGAUCAGUGGAUCGUUCUGGUAAAAAGUUCAAGAACCACAAUGUUGAUGAUAUUUUGUAA